AUGGACCUCCUCACCGCGACCCCCGUCCAACUAGCCCUAGCCAUAAUCUUCAUCGCCCUGCUCGGCUUCCUCUUCACCCAACCCAACGGCCUCGUAAACUGGGUGCAGAAGAAGAACUACCAAUACGAGGUCACAUCAUCCCUCUACAUGCUCACGCCGACGGAGAAGUUCGUCUUCAACUCGAUCCUCUUUCUCACGUUCUCCAUGCUUUCGACAGCAUGUAUACUCUACCUACCGGACCACAUCAUGACGGUGUCGAAACGAACGUACUACUAUUUCGCCGGCGAUGUGCCAGUCGGCGAGCUGUCGAAACAGGCGGUGGAGACCGCUACUAAAGCUUCUGAUGGGAUACUGAGUGCGGCGAAGACAGUGUAUGAUGCUACGGCGAACACGGCGGCUACGGCGAGGGAAGCUGUCGGUCAGGCUGCGGGAAGCCUGGGACGGGAUUGA